CCAAUGUUGUGAUUAUUUCUUUUCCCGUUCGAGGAUGUUUAUUGGUGUCAACUGGCCGCUCCGCUGAUUUAGUUUAUAUAUUUGCAAAGCAUAUAACCAUUCGCUUGGUAAAAUGAAAUGUUUCCCUAUGGUCCAUAUGCGAUUGACCAGUCGACAUCCCAGCCAAUGCAACCAAUCACACUACAACCGAUGACUCAUUCGAGGGCACCCCCGCAUACAUCAAGUGCCAGCCAGAUGUGUUGAUUCCCCGCUUCGGAGAGGGGGCGUCUUUCCGGACAACAUAAAAUAUUAUCCUACAGAUCUAUAUAAGACUCUGUGAUAGGACAUACAUUCAUUGGCAGCGUAUGUUGAAACGGAAUGUCAAUCUAUUGAAUUUUCUAACGAAAAAUGACGUCUUCACUCCAAUACUCUCCCGUACAAGCACCUUCCCAUAUUCUAGGUCUCCUGGAAAGACUGCAUGCCCUCUCGCUAGAUGAAGAACCCCUAGUCAAUAACGCCCUUAAGGACGCCGUUCAACUCCGGAAUCACGACGUCGAUGCGGGGAAUCGUCAACUCGACAACGCAAUGCGCGACAAAUUUGUCGCACUCGACAAGGACAAAUGCCACUUUGUGUACCAGCUGAUUCUGGCCACUGGCGCGAAGAAUGUUGUCGAGGCUGGCACGAGUUUUGGUGUCAGUACGAUCUACCUCGCCUUGGCAGUAGGCAGAAAUAGUUCAGGUGGCAAGGUGAUCGCGACUGAAAAGGAGCCUGAAAAGGCCAGGCAGGCAAAGGAGCAUUGGAAGGAAGCCGGCGAGACAGUUCUGAAGCAUAUCGAGUUGAGAGAGGGCGAUCUACUUCAGACGCUACACAAUGACCUACCAGAGAUCGAUCUUCUUUUACUAGACAUAUGGACACCGCUCGCGCUGCCAACGCUCAAAGUCGUACAGCCGCGAUUGAGACCAGGUGCAGUGAUUGUAGCUGACAACACCAUAUCAUCGGCCGUGGGAUACAAAGAAUUUUUCGAUUACGUCAAAGACCCGGAAGGGCCUUUCAGGACUCUGACACUUCCGUAUAGUGGCGGUUUGGAGCUGGUAACUUACAUGCCUUGACCGAGUGAUCUAGUAGAAGACUGGAUUGAUCGUUAUUUUUGAUGUGGAAUUGGUUAAAGUAUCGAGAUGAAAUCAAUUUUAAUUGUUUUUUUUACCUGAUCUAAUAUAAUUUACCAGAUCAUUAGCUGGGUUCAUACAUAAUUAUAACAAUAAUUUUCAA